AUGGCUCAGUUCCCUAUUUGGUUCCAAGUCGUCAAAGGCGGUUCCCCAAUACAGUCAGGCACCAUGAUCUUGCCGAUCAUCAUUGGGCUCAUUGUAUGUAUGUCAUUGGGGGCGGUAUUUGUGACCGUCGUGGGAUACUAUAUUCCCAUCAUGGCAAUCGGCACUAUCAUUUCAACUAUCGGCGCUGGUCUCUGCAGUACUCUCGAAGUGGACUCUAGUGCGAGCAAAUGGAUCGGAUACCAAGCUAUGUGUGGUAUAGGACUAGGAUUUGGGUUCCAAUUACCAUUUAUUGCCGUGCAGACUGCGCUACCUAGAUCAGAUAUUCCCGUCGCUACAGCCAUUAUCACCUUUGCUCAGAACCUGAGCGAGGCUGUGUUGGUGGCUUUGGCACAAACAAUCUUUCAAAAUCGGCUAGUUGCUCACGUCAAGCAAUUAUCACCAUUAGUUGAUCCGAACGUUGUCGUUCAUGCCGGUGCGGCCAAUUUGGAUCAACAUUUCUCAGCCGAUGUGCUACCGGGGAUUGUGCGUGCAUACAGUGCUGCUGUUACCGAAACCUUCUAUGCGGCAACAGGGAUCGCAGCGCUGUCCUUCAUUGGACUGAUCAGGCUGCAAUGGUUGUCGGUAAAGAAAACCGAAACCAGCGGGAAUGUGGCAUAG